CUGCCGUGCAGGUGGCUGCUGGUUCGGUUCUGCUCUGCCUUACUCUGAGAGGAAGCUCGGUCUCAGGGGGAAUAAUGUGAUGACUGACCGGACUGUGGACAUCCUGAAAGGUCGGCGGAGCUGAAGACGGUUUGUUUUCACCUGAAACGGCGGCAGAGACAGCAGCAGUAUUACAUGUGCUGCAGAGCCAGCGAGCAGAUCAGGGCUUGAGCCAAAGUCAAACACACCCACCAGCCGAGAGCAGGAGCGUUCAGCAGUCCCUUCAGGAGCAGCAGAGAAACUUCCACAAACACAGCCUGUCCAGCUGCAGGGAGGAGGUCCUCACACACACGCUCACCCCCACCUGCUCCUCUCAUCUGAUCGAUAACCGCCAUGGAAACCCCGAGUCAGAAAAGCUCCGGCCGCAGAGCCGUGUCCCCGGCCCGCAUCACCAGGCUGCAGGAGAAGGAGGAGCUGUGCAACCUCAACGACCGGCUGGCCGUCUACAUCGACAAGGUGCGCUCGCUGGAGUCGGAGAAUGCCUCGCUGCGGCUGCGCAUCUCCGAGUCCGAGUCCCUGGUGACUCGCGACCUGUCAGGCAUCAAGGCCACCUACGAGACGGAGCUGGCUGACGCCCGCAAGACCCUGGACCAGGUGGCCAAGGAGCGGGCCAGGCUGCAGCUGGAGCUGGGCAAGCUCAGGGAGGAGCACAAGGAGCUGAAAGCCAGGAACGCUAAGAAGGAGUCGGACCUGGAGGCGGCUCUGGUCCGGCUGAGGGACCUGGAGGCCAUGCUGAACUCCAAGGAUGCUGCCUUCACCACGGCCCUGGGGGAGAAGAGGAGCCUGGAGGCUGAAGUGAAGGAGCUGAAGGCCCAGCUGGCCAAGCUGGACACCAGCCUGGCCGAUGCCAAGAAGCAGCUGCAGGACGAGAUGCUGAGGAGAGUGGACGCUGAGAACCGUCUGCAGACCCUGAAGGAGGAGCUGGAGUUCCAGAAGAACAUCACUGCUGAGGAGCUGCGUGACUCCAAGCGGCGCUACGAGUCCCGCAUGGUGGAGGUGGACAGCGGGCGGCAGCUGGAGUUUGAGAGCAAGCUGGCUGCUGCUCUGGUUGAGCUGAGGGCGCAGCACGAACAGCAGGUCCACCUCUACAAGGAGGAGCUGGAGAAGACCUACAACUCCAAGCUGGAGAACGCCCGGCACUCUGCUGAGAGGAACAGCAGCAUGGUGGGAGCCGCUCACGAGGAGCUGCAGCAGACCAGGAUCCGUCUGGAGGGCAUGACGUCCCAGCUGAGCCAGCUGCAGAAGAAGCUGUCAGGAAGUGAGGCUAAAGUGCGCGAGCUGGAGGAGGCUCUGUCCCGAGAGCGAGACCUGAUGAGGCGGCGUCUGGAGGACAAAGACAGGGAGAUGGCAGAUAUCAGAGCCCGCAUGCAGCAGCAGCUGGACGAGUACCAGGAGCUGCUGGACAUCAAACUGGCCCUGGACAUGGAGAUCAGUGCUUACAGGAAGCUGCUGGAGGGAGAGGAGGAGAGGCUGCGUCUGUCCCCCAGCCCCUCGGUCACCAAGGUGGCGGUGGCCCGUUCCUCUGGCUCGGGCCGCCUGCACCACUCCUCUGUGGUGGCCAGCAGCAGCCGCAACUCGUCCAGCGCCAGCGUGUCCAAGAAGCGCCGCCUGAACGACAACGACAGCGAGACCUCCAGCAUGGUGGGCGGCACCGUCAGCAAGACCCGCAUCAGCCAGCACGCCUCGGCCAGCGGGCGCAUCACCGUGGACGAGGUGGACCUGGAGGGCAAGUUCAUCCGCCUGAGCAACAAGGCUGACGAGGAUCAGCCUCUGAACAACUGGCAGGUGAGGAGACAGGUGGGCAGCGGCGCCCCCAUCGUCUACAAGUUCCCCCACAAGUUCACCCUGAAGGCGGGGGCCAGCGUGACCGUCUGGGCUGCGUCCGGUGGAGGAACCCACAACCCCCCCACCGACCUGGUGUGGAAGACUCAGAGCUCCUGGGGGUCCGGUGACCUGCUGCAGACCACCCUGGUCAACGCCAGCGGAGAGGAGAUGGCCACGAGGAAAGUGACGCGCACCCUGUUCCAGGACGAAGAUGAUGAAGUGGGUGCUCACAGCACGAGCGGAGGAGACGAGCACACCGAGUACAACCUGCGCAGCCGCACCGUCAUCUGCGACUCGUGCGGCCAGCCGUCGGACCGCAGCGGCGGUCUGCCCGAGGGCCUCGUGGGACACUCCUACUUCCUGGGAACCAACGAGCCCCGACAGGGCCGAGUGAAGCCGGAGAACUGCUCCGUCAUGUAAGACGGCGACCAUCACCUCACCUGAACGCACCACAGAGGAGCGCUUUUCUACCACCAGGAUGUUCCUCUUUAUUUUUAUAUAUGAACCGUUGUUGUUUUGUAGCCUGGUUUAAUGCAUUCGAUUGGUUUUCCAGGUUUGGGUGAAGGGCUCAGAUUGUGCUUCGUUAUAUUUGUGUUUCCUGCAUGUCUGCUGAGCUACGAGCUCAGCUGUGGUCGGUGGACACGCUCAGCUGCUGAUCACUCAUCAGGUUCUCCCAGCGUGGUUUAUAUGCAGCAGGAGAAUCCUCCAAAGACUCUCAGCUCAGGUUUUAAACAUUUACAAAGUGCUUUAGAUGAUUUUCUUUCCACAAAAACAAUCAUUUUCAGCAAUCGUCCUCACAGCUCACCUCUCAGAUAAAUAUUUAGAUCAUCUGAUGAUGGUUUUGUCAGCUUGUUUUUUUUUUGGAUGCUCAGAUAAUCAGGAUAUAUUUGGGUUUUUUUGUGAUUUAAAUCAAAUGAAUUAACCAGAAAUCUCAUCAGCUGAGUCAGAUUUAUUCUCAGAUUAAUCUUACGGUGCCUUCAGAGGAAACCAGGUUUUCUCAGAUCACAUGAUUCAAGCUGCAGUCCUGUGACUGUCAGCCCCCUCGUGCCCCCCUGGUGAGCCGUUAAAACUGGUCACGAGCUGCUUUUCCUGCUUUCUGCUCAGCUAUACUCUGUACGCUUUGCUUUUAUCCUCAGUUACUCACAGCAGGUAGAUUUGUACUGUAGUUUGGCAGCUUGACUCAUUUAUACUCCAGUGGAAAGUUUAUCAAUAUGGAAAAUACUUGAUGGCUGUGUUUUUGUUUUUUUUUUUUGGUCUGAUGCAACAAUUAUGCUCAUUUUUAUGUCUUUAUUCCUAAAGUGCCUCGAAACUCUUGUACCUACAGAUGUGUAGAAUGAAUAAAGAGCCAGUCUUUAUCAUGUAAACUGCAGACGUUAUUACUGGAUAUAGUUUAUUUUCUGUCAGAUGAAAUAUGACCCAAAGGUGUUCAAGCCAAAGUUUGAUUUUCCUUCCAGAAAGCUAAAUGAGGCCAAACGUUGUUCGAUGUAUUUUUUCCUACUCUAUAAUAAUGCUGAAUAAAACCUAUGUUUUCCA